AUGGCAAAAUCGAUCCUCCUCAUCAAUGGCCCGAACCUGAAUCUCCUGGGCACCCGCGAGCCACACAUCUAUGGUUCGACCACGCUCGAGCAGCUCGAGGCAUCUUCGAAAGAACACGCAAAGUCGCUCGGCGCAGACCUGCAGUCAUUUCAGUCCAACACGGAAGGUGCCAUAGUCGACCGCAUUCACGCAGCGAGGGGCAAUGUUGACGUGAUCAUCAUCAACCCGGCGGCGUACACCCACACGAGCGUUGCGAUCCGCGACGCACUCCUGGGGGUAGAUAUACCCUUCAUCGAGCUGCAUAUCAGCAACACCCAUUCAAGAGAAUCGUUCCGGCAUCGUAGUUACUUGAGCGACAAGGCAGUGGCAGUCAUCAUGGGUUUCGGAAUCCACGGGUAUGGGUACGCGAUCGACCAUGCGGCCAAGAACAUUAAGCCCAAGGCCUGA